AUGAGGGCUCAGCUGCUCACGCUGAUGAUUCACCUCCUCUUUCUGGGGAUCCUGCUGACGACCCUCACGUGGUUCACGUUGGACGAUCAGUAUGUGGAACAUUACAGACUGCAGCCGAAAAUGAAAAGCGUUCCUCGGUCUGUUAAAUCUUGUAAAAGCUGCGGGGAGAACAUAAAGCAAGCUUUAGAGCUUUACUCUCAAGCCUGGCAGAAACAGGAGGACACCUACCAAAACUUUAGUUUUCAGCUGAGCAGCAAGUGCAACGGUUUUCAAAAAGCCAUCAUCACCCAGACGAACACUCCGCUGGGAUCGACGAUUGUUUAUGAUGGGGAGAGGAAGAGGACCCUCACGGUGAAAGAAGAGAUGUUCAACAACUUUCCAAAAGAAAAUCCUUUCUCUAAUAAAAAAUGGCACACAUGCGCCGUUGUUGGAAAUGGUGGGAUCCUGGCAAACAGCAGCUGUGGAAACGCGAUAGACUCUGCUCAGUUUGUUAUCAGGUGCAACCUACCUCCGUUGUCCAACGGAUACGAGAAAGAUGUUGGCGUCAAGACAAACAUCGUGACAGCAAACCCAACCAUCUUUUUACAAAAGUAUGGGGCUCUGACAGGACGUCGACUUCCGCUAAUGAAGAAACUGCGUGACUAUGGCAACUCUUUGCUUUUUCUUCCAUCGUUCUCCUUUGGCAUGAACACUGCCGUGUGCCUCCGGGUUCUCUACACCAUCGAGGACUUUGGAGGACCCGUCCAGCCUGUCUUCUUCAAUCCAGACUAUCUCCACAACGUCAGCCUCUUCUGGAGGUCUCAAGGCCUGAGGGCAGCAAGACUAAGCACUGGCAUUACGAUGGUCAGCCUGGCGCUGGAACUCUGUGAAAAUGUGCAUCUGUAUGGAUUCUGGCCCUUCGAUGUUCACCCGUAUGAUUUCAAAGACAUAACUAACCACUACUAUGAUAAUCAGAAAGUUACGUCGUUCCACGCCAUGCCAGCCGAGUUCAAACUGUUGUUGCAGCUGCACAGCAAAGGCGUUCUCAAGAUGAACCUGGGCGACUGUAAGCCAGACGAGAAUUCAUUCCAUUAG